AUGGAAGAAAAAGUCAACUUCCCCAAGCUGGAACCGAUGAAAGUGAUCAUCUUAGAGCAUCGAAAUGCUCUGCGAUACUAUGAUUACCGACCAUUCCAAAUCGUUUGGCGAGUAGAUGGUGCAUUGCCGACCGAAAAUGUUCGUGAAUUCGGUAUGACUGUCCAUUUGAUGAGAACGAAUCGAUCAGAUCUCUAUUUCUACUCUGACAGCACAAAAAACGAUUCGGAAAUCAGGAGAUCUGAACAUGAUGGAACGCUUUUCGAAAUUAUAUACUUCCCCGAUCAACUAUUCCAGUCGAGUAUGUAUGACAUCGUAAACGUGACAAUCACUCCGGUGAUUGCGUCUUACAAAGGAGAAAGUGGAAGCAAAAUUUAUCUCAUGGGUUACAAUGAGAUUGAAAUGUCCCGGAUGGUGGUCAAAGUCGAUAGUAUUGUAUCGCUCAGUUGUCUUCAGUAUGUAAAGAACGAAAGCGAAUGCUUCUGGGAGCUGCUUUCUCGUGAAUCUCUUCACAAAAAAGUUGAUCGACCGAGGCAAUUUUUCAAUGGCACGGAGAUUCCAGAAGUGGAUACUCUUAGUUUGGGCAUCAAUUUUCAUGACAGUGCUUUUUUCUAUUGCUAUGUUAGAAGGAAAUUCCCAGGUGAACUGCACCGAAAGACCACAUUCGUCGAGGUAAUUCCACUUCAAGAAGGUCAACUCAAGCCGAACUUGAGUGUAAGAGUUGUCGAAGAACGACCACGUCACAUUAUCAUAAUGUGGAACUACAGCAUACCAGACAUAGUCAAAGAAAAGAGGUGA